CUGGGUAUUCAAGACGAAAAAUCACAUGAUAGUUGAUCAUUAACAAAUACAUAAAGAUUGUCCCGUGAGGUCUGAUCAUUGUGAUUGAACACAGUCACUGAAAAGUUGCAUAAUACAAGCUCAUUCUGUCGCCAAGAUGUUGAAAUUGGUUGUCAUCUCUGCAUGCCUUGUUGCUGUUCUUGGACAAUACAAAUUCAAUGAUGAAUCAGAGUUGCAAAUGGAGUAUCCCACUGUUGCCGGCUGUUGUACACCCGACCAAUGGGAAGGAUAUCAAGGUAUAAUCGGUGGAUAUGCCAGAUUCAUUAAAAAAGGAGCCGUUUACGGCUAUACGAAAGUCUCUUACGAUGCCAAGAAUGAAAGAAUUGCUGCUGUUGCCAAUAUGACACGAGACGGUAAAAACCAUGCCAUUCGUGUCAUUGAAGAUUAUCAAAAUGGAAAGAUUUACAUCAUUAGUUUGAAAAAGAAUUGGUGUAAAACACUGACGACAAAACGAUCUUUCAAGAAAGCAUGUGUUCCAAAAUCUGCUGUGAAAAUUGGAGAAUUUUAUCAAGGCACUGGAUUAAGAAAACUGACACAAGUAGCAUACUACUACGAACACAAAUCUUUCUUUAAUGUUGUAAGAUCAACUUUUGAUUUGACCAAGAAAGGAUGCAUUCCAACCAAUGAAGUCAUCAGUGGCCGUGUAAAAGGAGUGAACUUUAUGGACGUUGUUGGAUUUAGUGAUAUUACUGCUGGAAUUAAAGAUCCAGCUGUCUUCAACCCACCUGAGUCGUGCAACAAGACGGAAAGCGAUAGUGGUCCCAACUUCGAACUUCAUGAACACAUGCUAUACCGUGAAUUCAGAUAUUUUGGUCUGUAAUAAUCUGUUGUGCUACGAUAAUCUCCACUGCAGUCCAUUUUUGCCUUCAAUCUCAUCUUAAUUUUUCUAUUGUGUAAAUCAAGUCAAACUUAUUAUCUCGGUUAUACACCUCAUAUCUCCAAUAAUGCAAUAAUCUCCAAAUGAAUAUAUUUUUGCUUCAAUUUCAAAUUUAAUUUAACUGAUAUUGUUAUUUUUUUUUAAUAUUUUUUUACUUUAGUGCUAAUAUGCUUUUGUACAAAGGCUUUUCUUGUACGUGCUUGCUUGAAUCUCACACGUUCAAAAACGGAAAGUUUAGUCUUUUGUGAUGUUUGUUUUUAUUGCAAAAAAAACUUCCUUCCACUAAACACCCAUAAUAAUCCAAACGACGGUUAUUCAUCUUGAAGUUCUUCAAGUUGUAUACUAUGCUUUUAUAUGUUUAUAAGGGUGUUCCAGCACAACUGCAUUAUUUCUGAGGGAGUAAUGUAACAUUAUUUUGUAUUUGUUCGUAAGCCUGCUAACAUACUGAAUAAAACAGUAUUUUGAAACUCUUUUGUACGUCAGUUUAGUAAUAAAAUUCUUAUAAAAAGUUUAAGCUUAGUCUAUACAUAUGGUCAUUCCAGAAUUGCCCCAAAAAUUAUCAAAGAUUGGGAGCGUGUCUCUUGCAUGGUUCAUUAAAUAGAUAUAAAGAACAGACUUUAAAAUUCCAGCAGAUGGUGUUCUGUGAUUCAUCAGCUAUCACCAAAUCUUCUUAAAGAGUACACGAAGUAGGACGUAAAACUCCAUUUAUUUCAUUUCAAGAUUACACUUUUUGUUUGAUUAAUAAACAUCGUUAAUACACGGGUUACCUCCCUUGGAACUUUUUGUUUACGUGUAUUAGAAAUAAAAUGGAAAAUAAAUAUAAAAUAUAGGAGUAUUUGUCAUUUUUGAACUGUAUUCGAAUGCCAUAUGAUUGCAUUUGUAAGAAUACAUGAUUAAGAGUUGACGACUGUAACUGGUUUGGGUUACGUGACUUAAUAAAUGCAUUCUUUAAAUAUGAAAAAAAGGUUUCGAUAUCAAUUUCUAAUUAAUUGUAGACUAGGUGAUGCGCCAAUAUUCAGUAAAGGUGUGAUUACCCGAAAUAGUGAUCACGUGUAGGUUGAUAUCAACUAAUGUGAAGGUGAUCGUACUGAAUUCUCAUUGUGCUAAUUCUACAGGCUAUAAUACUUGACGGAAUAUCUUUGUUCUGAUGUGUAUAUUUGUAGGAAGGCAAAGGUCAUUGUGCUGGACUUUGCGCAAAAAUAUCUUGUGAUAAUUUACAUUUCAAUAUAGUUCUUUUGAAAACUUUAAUUGCAGUAGAACAAUCUGGUAAUUAACAGGUCAAUCUCCAUGACGUCAAAUCCCAAUCUUUAAUUAACGUAUUGAAUUGGUGAGGACGACCAGAACUUCUACAAACGUGAUUCUUUUUGCUGCUUCCUUG